CUCGCCCUCCACCGCCUCCGCCGUUUUCCCCGUCUCCCCGCACCCCGCUAUGCUCACAGCACGCCCUCUUUUUCCCAUCUCAACGACGUAGAGCAGGUCGAUAUAGAUCAUUUUCGGUCGAUUCUCCCCUCCUCAGCUGUUCUUUCUACUUUCCCUCCUGCAUCAAACUCUUCAGACGACCUCGCUCCCUACAAUGUCGACUGGAUGGGAAAGUACUUUGGCCAUGCUACUUGCGUUCUCCGUCCACGCACAACGCAGCAGGUCAGCGAAAUUGUGAAAUACUGUGCUUCCCGCCGCAUUGGCAUUGUCCCGCAAGGAGGCAACACUGGCAUGGUCGGAGGCAGUAUCUCACUUCGCAAAGAAAUCGUCCUUAGCCUGGGUGCCAUGUCAAAUGUUCGUUCUUUUGACCCCGUCUCUGGCAUUCUUGUCGCCGAUGCUGGAUGCAUUCUUCAAUCUUUGUCAGACCAUAUCGCUCCCCAUAAGCAUAUCAUGCCUCUUGAUCUCGGGGCCAAGGGAAGUUGUCAGAUUGGAGGCAAUGUUUCGACCAAUGCCGGUGGUCUCAGGCUACUCCGCUAUGGUUCUCUGCACGGGAAUGUUCUUGGGAUAGAAGCCGUUCUCCCGGACGGCACGAUCCUUGAUCAGCUGAGCGUCCUGCGCAAGGAUAAUACUGGCUAUGACAUGAAGCAACUGUUUAUCGGCGCGGAGGGUACACUUGGUAUCGUCACUGGCGUGUCUAUCAUGGCGCCUCCGGCACCUCAGGCGUCUAACAACCUCUUCCUUGCUCUUCCGAAGUUCGACAAUGUCCUUCCACUUUACCAGCAAGUCAAAGGACAGCUCGGCGAAAUCUUGUCUGCAUUCGAGUACAUAGAUCGCACGGCAUAUGACAUGGGUGUCAAGCACGGUCUCGGUCCCAUUCUUAACCUUGACGAAGUAGGCGAUGCCGAGUGCUUCGUUCUCGUAGAGACCAGUGGUGGGAAUAACACUCACGACGAGGAGAAACUAAACAUUCUUCUCGAGUCGCUCAUGUCGGCCGAUGAGUCGCUCAUUAAUACCGGUGUCUUGUCUCAGUCACCAGGCCAAUUUGAAAACAUCUGGGCACUUCGCGAGGGUCUGACUGAAUGUGUCCAGAAGGAGGGGAAGCCCUACAAGUAUGACGUCUCCGUUCCUCUGACCGACUUCCAGAAGGUUGUCGACCAAGUACGUGAGCGGAUGAUAUCCAAGGGCCUGUAUGGCGACCAUGGCAUCACAAAGGUCAUGGGCUACGGUCACGUCGGUGACGGCAACCUUCACCUGAACGUCAUUGCGAAGAAUGGGUAUCGACCUGAGUUGGAGGAGGCUUUAGAGCCAUUCAUCUACGAGGUUGUUGCUUCGCACAAGGGCUCUAUCUCUGCUGAGCACGGGAUCGGGUCUAUGAAAACCGACGCGCUUCGGUACUCGAAGAGCGAUGUCAGCAUACAAUGGAUGAAAAAGAUCAAGCAGGUCUUCGAUCCUCUCAAUAUUAUGAACCCUGGCAAGGUUCUACCUUAGAUCUCCAUAUUUAUUGGAGAAUGUGCUGUAUAUAUAUUGUGAUAUACGUUGGUAAAUAUCUACAUAGAAUAAAUCUAGGUUUUUGUCAGCG